AUGUAUGGGAACCAGCGAAAAGGUGAAAUACCCGAGGAAGUAGCAUUAGAAGACACAAAUGAAGAUUUUGACUCCUGGAGUGCACUUAAUAGGCCGAAGAGGACUCGAACCCGCAGCAUAGCCCCCUCUUCAGAAGCAUCAGCAACGAAUAUACUGUCCUCCAUAUGUCUGCUCUUUCGCUUUGUCACAGGGGUUCAUCACCAGAGAGUUAUAAUACAUAAUAACGACGGUGAGAAUCUUGUGGGUAUCUUGCAUGAAACGGGUUCAAAGGAGCUUGUUAUUGUGUGCCACGGAUUUCAAUCCUCAAAGGAUCGUAUCCCCAUGGUGAGCAUUGCAGCUGCCCUAGAGAGAAAAGGAAUUAGUGCCUUCCGCUUUGACUUUGCGGGGAAUGGGGAAAGUGAAGGGUCUUUUCAAUAUGGUAACUACCGCAGGGAAGCUGAGGAUUUGCGUGCCGUAGUCCAACACUUUCGAAGGGAGGAACGUGCCAUAACUGCAAUUAUUGGGCACAGCAAAGGAGGAAAUGUGGUGCUUUUAUAUGCUUCGAAGUAUAACGACAUAUGUACAGUUGUCAAUAUUUCUGGCCGGUUUCAUCUAGGGAGAGGCAUGGAAGGUCGAUUGGGUCAAGGAUAUUUACAAAGAAUCAAGCAGAAUGGAUUCAUUGAUGUUAACAAUAGAAGGGGAAAGUUAAAGUAUCGUGUGACUGAAGAAAGCUUAAUGGACCGCCUAACCACUGAUAUUCUUGCAGCAUGCCUGACAAUUCACCAAGACUGCAGGGUGUUGACAGUUCAUGGAUCCAUGGAUAGUAUUGUACCUGUAGAUGAUGCUUUGGAGUUUGACAAGUUCAUACCAAAUCAUAAACUACAUAUCAUAAAAGGAGCUGAUCAUGAGUACACUUCUCAUCAAGAUGAGUUAGCUUCGGUUGNCACUCUAAAAGGUGUAGGUGAAUAUUUAUGCAAACUUUAUAGUUAUUCUUAUUUUAGUUAA